CCAGUGAUCACUCCGGGGAAGGACUAAAGAUUUUUAUAUUUUCUCUUAAAAAUCUUUUUUGUUUCUCUUAAAAAAAAAGCGAAAACAGUAUUAAACCGGACUCGAGUUAAUAGUUAGUAUCUGUUCAUCGAUUGGGGUGUCGAGAAAGCUUCGAGCCCUAAACAUUUGAGAGCGUCGAGCGAAUUGUUGUCCCCUCGUCUGGUCUCUUUUUCUUCAUCGAGCUCUAAUGGCUGGAAGAGCAUGGUUGGUUGAUAAAAACCGCAUUGCAACUAAAAUCUUGAGUGCAUCAGACCCCUGUCCUACGGUGUGGAACACCAAUCCUACUAGACGUUGUCCCAACUGUCAUCACGUCAUUGACAACAGCCAUGAAGUUGACGACUGGCCAGGCUUGCCACGAGGCGUCAAGUUCGAUCCAUCUGAUCCAGAGAUCAUAUGGCAUUUGCUUGCUAAAACUGGCUCACUUGGUUUAACUCCCCACCCUUUCAUUGACGAGUUCAUCCCAACCGUUGAUCAAGACGAUGGAAUCUGUUACACUCAUCCUAAGAACUUACCAGGUGUUAAGCACGAUGGGACUAUGUCCCACUUCUUCCACAGAGCAAUCAAGGCUUACAGCACAGGAACUCGGAAGCGCAGAAAGAUUCAAGACGAUGAUCUUGGCGAUGUGCGCUGGCACAAGACUGGGAGGACUAAGACUGUUGUGUUGGAUGGUGUUCAGAGAGGUUGCAAGAAGAUAAUGGUUCUCUAUGAAGGAAAAUCCGUGAAAACCAACUGGGUGAUGCACCAGUAUCAUUUAGGAACAGACGAAGAUGAGAAGGAUGGUGAGUACGUUGUCUCUAAGAUAUUCUACCAGCAGCAAGGAGUUCUCAAAAAAGGUGGUGAUAAAGCUGAAGAGGAAGUCUCUGAAGAUAUCUUUGAUCCUGUCACUCCGAGAUUGUUUACACCUGAGCCUAGUAGACAAGCUGUGCCACUUCGCUCUGAUUCUCACUUUGCAAAUGACUAUGUAACUGCACAUGAGGUUUCUCUUGCUGAGACAUCGGAGCCAAUGUAUAAGGAGGAUGAGGUUCAACGUAAUGUUGAAAGACCAAGCUCCGAGGAUGAGCCUGCGCCUGAGACGGGGAUUGAAAACCGAGAAAAUGAGACAAUGAUAGAUGAUAAAGAAGAUGAAAACGAUCAAGAAAACAAAGAAGGUGAAGAAAACCACCAAGCUGAGGAAGAAGAGAAUUUGUUGGACAGUGGUGGAUCUCAGUUUAUAUUGAACUCGCAACAGCUGGUGGAAGCCUUGUCUCUUUGCGAUGAUCUCUUGCAGGUGGGAUCACAGGACACAAACAAUGGAGGAGGUUUAAGGAAUAAGCAGCAGCCAUGUUUUGGGGAUUACGCACACCUGGGAGGAACAGAUGACUUCAAACGGGAUCUGGAAGAUUGUCAGAAACUCGUUCUUGAUCCCUGCAACAUAGACCUUGAUACUCCACCUGAGUUCCGUUUGAGCCAGCUGGAGUUUGGAUCGCAGGAAAGCUUCCUCGCUUGGGGAACUGGAAAGACUGACUGAGUGACAAAACAGAACUCACACGAGAUGGAGAUUAUGGGAACUCUCUGAUAUUUUUUUUUGGUUUGCAAAACGGUGCUGUAUGAUAUUUUCCCUAUGCGCCCAAAGUGCUUGAGUUCAAAUUGUUUUUUGUUUGUUUUGUUUUCGGAGUUAGAACAACUACUUUGGAACUUGUCUCUGAUACUUGCAAUGUGGUUCUUUUGUAAAUGGUGCUUUUGAGAUAAUGGAGCCCAAAACCUCCAUGUAUGGACUCUAAUCUCCCUUAGAAACAUUUUCUUCUAA